ACCGUCCUCCGGGGGUAUAAAUCCAGGAGGCCCGUCCUCUCCGCCCUGUUUCGUCUCAUCUCGCCAUCCCAGCAUCCGCUCGCAACAGCCCUCAUCCAGACACCCAAGCCGUCUUCCACUCACCGACAAUAUGCAGAACAUCCAGGAUAUCAAGAACGAAAAGGGCCUGCCCAUGCCCCCGCCCGAACAGCACGAUGGCCUUCCCGAGUACCAGCAGCAAGACUCGACCCUGCCGGUGACCUACCAAGUCUACCCGAACGGCGCCCCGUCUACCCUGAACAAGGACCAAACUCUGCCUCCCGUACCCGUCGCCCAGUACAGCGCCCCGCCCGUCGUCCAAUCCAGCUGCCACGGCAGCUCCUCGAAAUCAGCCCAAACCUCGUUUGCCAUCAUGGGAGGCACCGAUCUGGACCUGAUCAACACGAAGCUGGUUCGUGGAGGAACCUAUACCAUCAAUGCAGCCUCGCUUCUGGGAGGAAUCACCAUCCGGGUGCCUGCUGACGUUGAGGUCGUCAACCAAGGCGUUGCAAUUCUGGGCGGCAUUGGCAUCCAUAAGAACCCGUACUACUCGGGCUUGCCCACCUCCAAGGUCGUCAUCCGAGGUGUCGCCAUCAUGGGCGGUGUCUCGGUCGAGUUCUCGGACAAGCUGGCCCAAUAUCAAGACUAAACCCACCUCUUCCCCGGUCCCGCUGCUCCCCUCUCACUCGUCCUUUGCUAUCCCAAACCCCUCAUCCGUUGCAACCCCUCCCCAACCCCUCGCUGGCCCAACAGUGCUUGCUGGGUGAUUCCGACCGACCCCCAGUAGAACAGGAAGCGGGAGGUAGUUCGGUCUUCUCAUUUUGGUGAUGUCCUCUUCGAUAUGCUGUGUCUCCACUUCCUCAAUCUCAUGUCCAAUAUAUACUGUAGUAUACCGCAA